CCAUUCCUACCCAUUCCGGCGAUAGAUAUAGAUAAUUUAAAGACUGGGACUAUCCUAUCGCCCGUGGGUGGCAUGUCCCAUGUCUUUCCACGGCUCUCUAAGUCCAUUCCAGAUUUUCCUGUAAGUAUCGAAUUCAAGAUGGCGGCAGCGUGGUGAACUUCUUGCUCUCAGCUUUUGGUAAGAAACCCAUGUUAUCUUCGCAGAUUUCUUCAAGAAUAACCAGGUCAGCAUGAACUGCUGUGAAAGGCAGAAAUGGCUUCCAUUCUUUGGAGAAUUAGGGGAAACAUUAGGGCAUCGUCAUAUUGUUACGGGCGAGACACGAUGGAUCGACGGGGUUAAGAAUCAAACACGAAGGAUGUGCAAAAGCUCGGAUGAUUCUCGACAUUGCAACGAGAGCACAUCGGAGAUACGAGACGAAAACGUGAAUAAAUGCGAAGAAAUGCAAAAUACCGAUGGAAGGUGUCAACUUUCAGAGGCCGAUAGCAAAACGAACCAGGUACGACAGGACGAAAAUGAUUCUAGGGAUUUUCGACUGCACAACAAGAGCACGAAUAUUUUUCGAGUCCACGAAGACAGGACGAGCACAAAUCGUCAGUGCGACAUGGAUACGAGUGGGACACGAGGUUCAGAUGGAAAGAGGUUGACCAAUCAGCGUGGCGAAGAAAGCGCAAGUGAAGUGCAAAAUGUUAUAGGUAUUGAAACGAUCGCAAAUCGACCUAAAAGUAAGCUUAUGGCUGCCAUACGACGUCUUGUAAUAAGGGCCAAUAUGAAACAGAAAAAUAGCACCGAGAACAAUUCGAAAAAGCAUUUAAUUUCUGACAAUAAUGUAAGUGAAUUAAAGCGACAAAAGGAAGAUAAUUUGGAUAAAAGACAAAAAAACAGCCACGUGGGAGAUAGUAAAGUUCUUGAGAAUGAUAUCAAACAAGUCGAUCGUUAUAGAAAAAUAGCUCGAGACUGCUACGAAAAGGUUCCGAAUGGACGGAUAAUGACCAAGGUUACUACGGAAGCAAAUGAGGAACGAGAAGUGACCGAGGCUACUUCGAAUCAUGAGCGAUCGCUUGUCGAAACAGUCAAAGUUGAAUGUAAGAUGGACGAUCUUUGUAUCGGAGACAUUGCCGAAGACUUCCGGGAACGUUACGAGGCCUAUGGUUACGAUCAGCACGAUUUCCCCGAUACAUCCAGCUCAGGAGAGGAAACCCUUGACGACAGUGACGAGUGGUUACCAGGGCAACAGUCGCGCAAAACCAGCACUAAAGUGGCAUCUGGGGCUAAAAAAAGGAAAACAGACAGAGGAAAGGAAUAUAAUGGUACCGGUAUUAUAAAAAAGAAAAGGUAUAGACAGGAUGUGGAGUGUCCAACUUGUGGUAAAAGUUUGGGCAGCAAAACUGAUUUAAAUAGACAUGCUGUUGUGCAUUCCGGUGAAAAGCCAUUCAAAUGUACCAUCUGCUCCAAAGCCUUCUCUCAGAAAGGGGAUCUGACACGCCAUUCUCAGAAUCACGAAAACGGUAAAAAGUUUUUCUGUAAAUUCUGUGCAAAGGGUUUCAAUCGGAAAGAUGUUUAUAACGUACAUUUACGAAUACAUACGAAAGAGAAGCCAUUUAAGUGCCAGCAUGAGCGCUGCGGCAAAAAAUUCGCCCGAAAAGACUUGUUCGAGUAUCACUCCAGGACACAUUCAGGACUAAAGCCGUAUAGAUGUAGAUUAUGUGACAAGUAUUUUGCGCAAAGAAGUCUCGUGCGAUCCCACGAGAGAACUCACCAGGAGAAACCAUUCAAGUGUUCAGACUGCAAAAUGUCUUUUCGGCAAAGAAUUAGUUUACAAAGACAUGUGAUCAAGACCCACGGGCAAAAAAUGGAUGAGAAUAGAGGGGAGGGGAGGAACUGAAGUAAAUCUAAAUAUAUAUAUAUAUAUAUAUAUAUAUAUAUAUAUAUAUAUAUAUAUAUAUAUAUAUAUAUAUAUUAUGCAUAGUAUGGAAUUAAAUGAUGAUAUUGGAAAAAAAUACUGAUGAACAAUAUUUAAUCACAUAAAUGGAUUUUACACAAGCUACUACCACAAUGAUGUUGACAAGUCAUGAUCAACUGAAAUAAACCAAUCUGUGGUGAUCUUUUCAUCAUGGGGGGACAAAGUAAAGAUUACACCUCACCUAAAAAGGUCACCACGAAUUAGCAUGAUAGACGCUUAUAAAUAAUUUUAUUCUCUCUUUUUUUUACAUAUUUUGUAUACUUCAUCAAAAUUUUCUUUGUAAAUUGUAAUUAUAUACAUCUAUUCUCUACUCAAAACAUUACAUUUCACUGAGAAAUUAGUGGAGCAUUGAACUCUGACAUUGCCUGAAGAAUUACUGUUUCUGCAUCUGGAAAAAAACUACACUAUCAUAGACAAAGACAAAACAAAAAAUAUCUUCAACUAUUAGAUAAUUUUUGGUCUGUGUUAUUUUCUUUCAUGAGCUCACAGCCUGCACAGUAAUGCUCAACUUGGAAUCGUUUGUUACUGGUAGUUUGACUUUGAAGGAAAUCUAAAAUAUAUUAAAACUUAUUUGCAGAAAA